AUGGAUGACGGCGACGGUGACACCGCGGAUGAUGGCUGGCCGCACCAGCACGGGCACCACCGAAGCUCGCAGGACGAGCCGAAGCACCACCAUAUACCGUGGUGCCACACUCAUCCCCACCACAAGAAGCACAGGCGAGGCGUGUCCCGUGAACAGCUACAAACCAUCACGGGCUUGCAGCACUUGUUUGAAAGCAGCAGUAGCUCCGCAACUAGCAGCCACGACCUGCGCGCCAAGGCCAUCAGCAAGCAGCAGUUCCUCGCCGCUUGGCCCAUGACAGGGCUGCUGCCCGCCCGCCUGUUCACGUCCCUCGCAACAUCCGACUUGGUGUCGAUUCAAGACGUGUUUGGUGCCGUCCGCUGUCUCCUCGGUCGAGCACUCCACCCAAAGCUGAAGCUGCUGUACAAAAUCUGUGACCUCGACGACAAAGGCGCCGUAUCGUUGGAGAACCUGCACCAUGUUCUGACUGCAUGCAUGUUACCAGACACCAGCCCGCAGCACACCGUGGGCGAUUUGCUGAUCUCCGCGGAGGCCCUUGCACGCCUGCAGCGGCAGCCGCAUGCCUGCGACCAUGCAGCCAGGCCAGACCGUGCGUCCGUGUCCAGCGAAGAGUUUGGGUGGCGCCACGACCAGGCCAGCACUGACGCCAACACAACCGGCCACGAUCACGAUGCCCAAAGUGAAGCUGCUCCAGUCGCUGAAACACAGCACCAGCACCAGCACCAGCACCAGCACCAGCACCAGCACCAGCGCAAGGACCACAGUGAAGUCCACCGCCUUCACCCUCUUGGCCACGGACGCCGGCAGCGAACUCGUAACGCUGAUGAUGGUGGUCGCACCGGCCCACCGCGAUCACCAUUCGUUGGUGACGACGAUGGUGACGACGACGGCGCAGAUGAUGGAAACAGCGAUACGCAUAUGGAGUCGUUGUGCGGCGCUGAAACGGUGCCGGGAAGCGUGUUCUUCCCACGUGCACCAGCAGCCCAGAGCGGCAACAGCGACCACGAUCAUGAUGCUGGUGCUCAUGCUCAUACUGAGCACGAUGACAUGAAGCGCGGUGGGACUGCCGGUACAGGUGGUGGUGGUGGUGCUGAUAGCGGUGAUGUGGAGGAACAUCGGCGCUGGCGAGAGUACGUGUUGGACCGGCGCGGGUUUGCAGCGUGGGUGCAGACGAAUCCACAGGUUGUGGAUAUGCUGGUGGCUGCCCUCUUGUGCCCCGACAGGCCAAGUCAGUUUUCUCGUGCAGAACGUCAUGGUAGAGGCGAUGAUGGCGAGCAUCGCUGUGAAGACGCUCAUCUCCUGAGCACAAACGAAUCGACCACAGCAGGGACGACAUUAACUACAAGGCAUCAGCACGCACAAGACAGCAUCUCCGCCCAACUCACUCAACCACCAUCGACCAACCGCGGACCUGGCGGUGAUACCGCUCGUGAUGCUGAUAACCACCACCACCACCUCCACCAUGGUGAGCCCUCGAGGAAUCCAAGCGCCUCACUCUUCAUCCGCAUCACCAACGUGUCCGAGCCAGCGAGCCCAUCUUCCUCCCCAGUCUCCACCGCACGUCACCACCACCACCAACACCACCACCAACGACAAUCACAGCAGCAGCUCGGCCUUGCGAAGGCUGUGAGUGAUUCAAGGCUGUCUGCGCACAACACCGUGCACAGCACGAACAGCACCGCAGCAACGUCCCACCUGCCACCACUGCACGUUGCGUCGCGCCACCGCGGUCAUCAGACCGCCGCAUCGGCGCCGUCAUCACCACGUCGUGUCUCGCCAGCCAACGCCCACCACCACGCCCACAUCACCACCUCGUCACCACUGCUAGCAGAGCCAGUGUCACCACCACUACCACCAUCCUCGGCAGCGCGCAGUCGCUCGCGCUCUCCAUUUGGCGGAAGUCUCUUCAGCAAGUUGAGGGGGCGGGGUGAUGUGGGCGUGGCUGAUGGUGGAUUGCAUCAUGCAGAGCGGACGCGCGUGGAGGUGGGGCAGCACAGGCGCGGCCGUGCCAUGGGUGGUGAGGCAUCGCAACAGCACCACGCCGCUGAUGGCUCGCAAAGUGACUCCUACCCUGAUGAGGCAAUGCCGUCCCCGCAGCAGGGGGCUGCUGCUCGUGUGUUCAGGCCGGUCGCUCCCGCCACCGGUCAGCACUCGUCCGCAACAUCAGCACCCACCACAACGCACAGCAGCAAUAGCAACAGCGUCAGUAGCAGCAGCACCAGCGGCAGUAUGAAGAGCGAGAAGGGGCCACGGUACCGGUGGGAGUGUCUGAGCAGCACGCUUGAUGGUCGUGGGCCGCCACCAAUCACAGACACAGCGUGCUGCUGCGUUGCAGACAGAUCAGUCUACAUCUUCGGCGGCCAAGUCGGUCGGCAGCUGAGCAACACGCUGUGGCAGUAUGACCUGAUUACGGAGAUGUGGCUCAACAUGGGGCCACGCGGUCCACGCUCAUCAUCAACGCUGUCAUCCUCAUCGUCAACACAAGCAUUCCGCGCGCAGAGCGCUCACAGUCGUACAGACACACACGCACAGCGGCGCGUCGCACCACACCACAGCAGACACACCCCAACAACAGCAGUAACAGCAACAUCAACAGCAGCAACAACAACAGCAACAACAACAACAGCAGCAACAGCAGCUCCGACGAUGACGACGACGACGACGACGAGAGGUGGGGAGCGCCGACGGAGCACGCCUGCCAUCGUCGGUGGAAUGAGAACGGAGGUGAAGAAGACACUCUGGCCCGGCCCGUCCCGCGAACACACACUCACAGCCAUCGGCCAGCAGAUGCUGGUGCUGUUUGGCGGGUACACCUCGCUGAGGUCGGGGGUAACGUGGCUGUUUGACAUCCCGGACGAGCGCUGGUCAUGCCUCACUGGGAAGCGAUCGUCGCCCUCUGGACAGCGUGAAGUGGUGGAUGUGGAAUCCACUUCCGCAUCUCAGUCGCAGUGGCCGCUGGCCCGCUGCUCACACUCCGCAUGUGUUUGGCAGCGCGAGCACAUGAUUGUCUUUGGAGGACACAUUCACGAAUCAUCUCAAGUCACCGACCAGCUGUGGAUGUUUUCGCCACACGAUGGCGAGUGGAAACAACUCCAGCCUGCGGAUUCGAGCAGCAGCAGCAGCAGCAAUCGUCCUUCUCCGCGCAUGCAGCACGCCGCAUGCACCAUCGGGGACCUCAUGUACAUAUAUGGCGGUGUUGAUCGACACAACCACCUGCUCGGUGACUUGUGGCGCCUGGAUUUGCGUUCGCUGCGCUGGUCACUGCUGUCGCCCUCUGCCCGCCCGUCCCCGGCUCCGCGCACCAAGCACACUCUCGUCACAGAUGAUGCCUUCCUCUUCCUCUUUGGCGGCUCUUCAAAGCACGCGGUGUCUGCCCAUGUGUGGGUGUACAACGUUGAGCAGAAUGUAUGGACGAAGAUGAAGGUGUCUGGAAAAUCGGGCAAUUGGCCCAAGACUCGCGAGGCACACUGUUGCUGCGUUGCUUCCUACCACAACCGCGUGCCGCAUCUGCUCGUGCUAUUUGGGCGCCACCCCCACGGCGGUCGUUACAGUGAUCUCUGGUCCCUCAACUUGCGCCCUUCAACCAGACGCGCGACAACGUUGCUUGUUCCCGUCAAGUGACAUCAUUUCAUGUCACCACAUACUUCAACGCCACACAAGUUGCUGCUAUCAUGUUCCCAUUGCCCUCACUCCUUUGAGUGAAUUGUAUGCGACCAUUUGUUAUUUGUUAUUCGCCCUGUCUUCACUGUAUUGGUCCCCUUCUGUGUCUCCGUCCGUCCUUCCUCCCUGCAUGAUUGUUUCUUCUUGUAUCUGUUCAUUCGUUCAUGCAUUCGUUCAUGCAUUCGUUUGUUCAUUCUAGGAGCAGCAACCAACACAGCGCACUCAAACAAGAUCAGCUAAUAAACGUGCAC